AUGAAUGAAAAAGCCUGCUCAUAUAACACAAUUAACAUUGAUCUGCUUUAUUUGAAUUUAUUUAUAUUUGCUUUGUACUUUUAAAAAUGCAAUCAAAUCACUAAAUUGUUGCAUUAUCCAUCCAUCAAAUCUAGACUAUAGGAAAUAAGACAUACUAACAAAUUUGUAGAAACUUCGCUGACUAAAAUUAUUACAAAAUCGAAAACAAGUUAAAAAGAAAAGGUUCAAUAUAAAUUUGGAUUUCUCUCUCUUGAUCAAUCUAAUAGGAUCUUCCCUUUAAUGAUUCAAGAUCCGCUUAUCUUUUAAUUGCCAUUAAUGGUACAUGGUUAUAUUCAAAUGAUCCUUAUGAUGAAUCAUUAAAUAAUAGAUAAUAUAUAUGGACAAUGAUAACAGAAUAUAUUUGUAGUCCAUAAAUUACUAGAAGAAUUUGCAAAGAUUAAUAUGAUUAAUUUUUAUUCAUUCAAUUCCAAAAGAAUCAAUCUCCACAGCUCUUUAAAGUUAGUAUUCAAAAAGAUCCUCAAUAUACAAUAGUAAGAUCUUAAGAGAUAAUACUUAAUCUAGAUCAUCAUUAGAUUGAUCUAGCAUCUGCUUAACCUUAUUGCGCAAUUGAAAAAGUGGCAGAUUUAUACAAUCAUAUAAGCAUUACCAAUCAAAAUCCAAAUAAGAUCUCGAUUAACACACAAAAUAUUAAUACACAGUAACUUAGUUAUUUUCGAUUUAAUUUAAUUAAAAAUCAACAAAACUAGGUUAAAUUUAGUUAUUUUUGA